AUUGAAUGUUCUGCUGAAGCAAGUACAUUCAAUACUGGUCAAUCACCCACGGUACCACGAUCUUCGAGUGUGAAUUUCUCAGACCAACUGUAUCCAAACACCAAGACGACUUCGGCUUCAAGCGAACAAUCACCACAUUGUGCUUUGUUGCACUCGGUGGCUCCAGGUCUCUGGACGGGGAGGGUUGUUGGUGGGCAAUACGCUCUCUGUUUUCUCCAGUCGCAGUUACCUAUGCAAUCCUAUUCGUGAGACAGUGCGGCCCCUCCGACGUUCAAAAUGCCUGCUAUGCUCGAUGACCCUUCCAGCCCCGCCAUCUACCGUACCUCAGGCUCCGCACCCUUCCCAGACCCUCACGACGAACAUCCUCCUUUUCCUCCCGAUAUAUAUCCUCGACAAGUUACGCUCCGUGAUCGGGUUACUGUUGCAACAAUCAUACCGUUCUCCUCUCCGAACCAAGUCCCUCCGUCCCUCCUCGCAUACCUCAGCGAUCAACUCAACACCGAGAUUGACAAUGGAGAUACAUACCCUUUCAUCGAUACUAUGCCGGCGGACAAGUUCUCGUCCUACUGGUUUCAGAACUUUGGAGCUAUCAUGUUACUGGGAAAUAUCGAAAGUGUAGAAGAUGUUCUCGAAGGCAAGAAUUGGGCUGCAGAAUGCUUGGGGAGUUACUAUAUCAAACCAAAUUACCCUGGACGAAGCAGUCAUAUCUGCAAUGCUGGAUUUCUUGUGACAAAUGCGGUCCGCAAUAAGGGUGUGGGAAGGCUUAUGGGAGAGAGCUAUCUGGAAUGGGCUCCCAAGCUUGGCUAUACUUAUUCGGUCUUCAACCUUGUCUAUGAGACGAAUGUAGCGUCAUGUCGGAUCUGGGAUGCGUUGGGAUUCAAACGCAUUGGACGAGUCAAAGGUGCUGGUAACUUGAAAAGUUAUCCUGGGCAAUUGAUCGAUGCUAUCAUUUAUGGACGAGACCUCGGGCCCGAGGGAGAGGAUUUCGUAAGUGAAGAACGCUUCGACAAAAUCAAAUUCUACUUAAAGUACGGAAAAUACCCAGCUGGGGCGGAUCGCGCAGAGAAGAGUAGACUUCGAAGUGCAGCAACGCAUUACAAGCUUCUUCCAGAAUCUGACAAGCUGAUGCUCAAAGACAAAGAAGUUAUCUCGGAUCCACAAAAGCAGUACGAGAUUGCUAGGAAUGUGCAUGUUCUCCAACAUGGCGGGAUCAACAAGACAACAGCAACCAUUGCCGAGAGGUACCACUGGGUUCGGAUCAAAGAGACGGUCAGUCUUGUGAUCAGGAAUUGUACGCAAUGUAAAGAGCUAGGAAAGGCCCCCAUUGUACGCCCAGAUGGUGUAAUUCGACCAGCACCACGGGUACCACCGCCAAACGGUCAAGGUGGCGUGAGUGCUGCUGGAAGAGCUCUCAGCCUGUCUCAGCAGGACCACUCUCAUGACGGCUUUUCAGGCCAAGCUGGUCAGGGAUCUGUGUCUCCGCAGGUGCUCAAUCGAACACUUCCCGGACAACACUCUCAAGAACCUAAUUUCCAGUCGCAACCACCGCAGCAGACAGCACCAAUAGCGCGAAUGCAAGCGGAGUAUCUACCUCUAGAUCCACAGAUCAUGGAAGAUGUGCGGAAUCAUCUAGGAGGAUACAACCAUGAACCCCUCUCCAGUCCUGAUGCUGAAGCACAUGACCACUUCCACGAUGGUCAUGACCAUGAUAAUGAUCAGCAUGACUCUGAUUCCUUUCAAGCAAUGCUUGGUCGUGGACACGGUCGAGAUGGGGAUGGGAAUGAGGACAUGGAUAUGCUAAUUGAUGCUACGGAAGAUGGAGAACACGAGCAAGAGCAUGAAGACGAAGAUGGAGCCAUCAUUCAACUACAAGCUGAAGCUGCUGCAAGGGCAGCAGAAGAGGCAUUGAAAACUGUGGGCAGGGAGUACGGUGGAGGUUGAUGAAGACACUUGAGCUUUUGUGUCAAUGAAGGACCGGAUGAGCGUUAUCCAGAGCUGGAGUAAUUGCUUUAGAGGCCUCCUGGUGUUAGAGACGAUUGCUUCUGCAUGCAAGACCGAGAAUCAUCGGUGCAUGAGGCUUCGAGAUAGCUCAGAGCUUAUAUCAUAAUUCCAACAGAAGUUCCAACAGUCAAGAUACACGAUUGGCAAUAUUAUGAUACUCAAAAGCUUGUGAUACCUAAGUUUGAGAUUUGGUCUUCUGGAUCAACAAUCGAAUCGGUAAUUGUCAGUCCAGCCAUAAGCGAGCCUGCUAGUACGCUUGUCUAGCCUUGUAUCUAAGAUUUAAACUCACGAAAGUCCGUC